AGAUUACAGCGAUUGUAUGAUAUUACGCAAUUCACCAUUCCGCCGAAAUAGUGUCCAUGAUGCUCAUAGUUGCCUACCAAAAUCUGGUGCAAUCCAUCGAACGAUGCUACUAUCAACAUGGGUUAUACUGCUCGUCUAAUGCUUAUCGCAUCAUAUCGUUUACCUGUUUCAUUAUUGGGAUCAUGAGUAUUGGUAUAUUCUACUCACCUCUCGUACAUGGAAAUGGCAUAAUUGAGUGGCGCUCCAGCUCCAGCGAUAGAAAAACUUCUGAAAAUCAUAGUCCUCAGUGGUUACAUUCGCCACCUCUUGCCUCAGUCCAGCAUUUCAUGAUCCAACUGAAGCACAAUUCUCCAUUUGAGGCAAUUCAAACAAUGUUCAGUAUUCAAGAGAGGAUAGUAAGCACAAAGAUAAUAACAGAAGAAGGGUCGUUAAUAUUAUCUGAUGUUUGCUUUCAGGCAGAGGGCCAGAAGGAUCUGAUGAGUGGACUGCCCACAAACUCAACGUGCAUGUUACUGAGUCCAACACAACUGUGGGGCAACAACAUGGUGGUCUUCCUCAGUGACCCAGAUAUUCCUGAGACUAUCCUAGGAGACAGCAGCAAUCCUACUAUCCGAGCGUUGAUGUUUGGUACGAGUUGGACUACACCCCCUCACCCUAUAACCCUAACUCUGUUCCUCAACCCCUCUCUUUCCUCAUCUGUCGUGUCUAAGUUCCGGGAAGCUAUCAUCAACGAGCUCUCCCAGUCUUACUCCGUAUCCAUCUUCACUGAGAAGGAGUUUAAAUCAGAUUACAUUUUCAUGAAGAAAAGCGAGAGAGAAAACUUGUUCGGAGUUGAAGAUGAGCGGAUACAUUUGUUUUACAGUGAUAAAGUGAACCUAUUGCAGCUCCUUCCCCUGGCCAUGCUCUACGUUCUGGUUUUUAUCUACAUUGUGAUAAGUGUCAGGAAGAUAACGCUCGUAAAGUCGAAGGUGGGACUAGCCUGUGUAGCUGUAAUGACCAUCGUCUUCUCUUUUGUCAUGUCCUUGGGUUUCUGUGUCUUCUUUGACCUGCUACCUACCCUGACGGGAAGUGAUAUUUUCCCCUACAUUUUCACGAUAGUGGGCCUAGAGAACGUGCUGACUAUUACACGGUCCGUAACAAUAACAGCGGGUGACCAAGAGGUACACAUCAGGAUAGCGCAGGGAUUGCAGACGGAGGGAACGAAGAUCACUAAGAAUGUGUGCGGACUCGCUCUGAUGUUCUUGGUUGGGAUUUGCUCGCCGGUGCCCGCAGCCUUUCACGAGUUCUGUGUUGUGGGUCUCGUGUGUGUCAUAUGUGACUUCUUCCUUCAGCUGUUCUUCUUCGUACCAGUUCUAUCGUUAGAUAUUCGUAGAUUGGAACUAGCUGAUCUCAAAUCAGGACCUUACCCUGCCCCCUCAAUUCCCAUUAAUGGGAAACUGCCUGAUUGGACUGACAGACCCCGCAAAACUAAAAUAUUCCGUCACCACGCAGCCCACAAGAUCCUGACUUUGUCAGUUUUUCUCUAUGUUUUAUAUGUCAUUUAUCACUCAGUAUGGUUCUCUAACAGCGAGAAAAAUGAUAAAAAGUUGACGUUACCGGGCAUGAUUGCUGUGGGAUCUACUCGAAUUAUCAAUUGGAUCCUUUCAAUGGAUUAUUUACAGCCUAAAAGUCAGGGCGACAGGUCGUCUUAUGAGAAGAUGUUCCCCCACACCUUCCUAGCCACGGGGAGCACAGUGGACAUGUUGGACCAGUCAUGGAGGAGAGCUGCUAGGGACCACUGGCCUAUCUUGUUUAAACAGUACAACAUCAUUGUAACUGCCAGGUACUUUGAUAUACACAAGCCCAUACACAUUGAAGACAAAGGAGGACUUCGACAACCAGAUCCUAUUACAUUUCAGUCCCAUGUAAGGCAAUGGUUACAAAUGCCAGUUACUCUUCACCUGAUAUCGACAGUCUUAGGGUUGAUAUCAUUUUUACCUAUCGCUAUUCUUCUCUACUUGUCGUUUCUUGGGUUGUACAAGUUGCUGAAACCUCGGUCAAAACCUCAGAGCGUCAAGCAAAAACAAGAUCAUCCCCUUUUGGAGGUUCCUUUUAUCCUGUCUGAGCAUGAGGAGGAUAUUGAACAUCUAGCAGUUCAUAGUAACAAACUGCUGACAACAUCAUUUGAUGGACUCUCUGUACUGUGGGAUCUUUUAUCGGGCAAAGUACUUCUCAAAAUAACAAGUGAGACGAUACCGUGGUGUACAGCUCUAUCAGAUAAGAUCUUGCUACUUGGACACGGAGACGGAUCUGUAAACGUUGUCAACUGGGGGAGCAAUGAUAUUAUCACUGUUCAGCAGCAGUCAUCUGGCAUCUUGUUACUCUGCUUCAUCGACCAAAUGUCAGUUCUGCUUUGUCAUGAGAACGGAAGAGUGAUAGUAAUCGCUCUGUCUCCCCGAGUUAUCAAUCCACCUGUUGGCCAGAACAGCUUCCAGGGUCAGGUGGUGGAAGUGAAAGCAGAAGCCAGGAUAUACCCCAGUUCGCUGAUUAAGUAUUGUGAUCAGUCCUGCCAGUUAGCGGUAUGCGGUGGCAGCAACAUUGUUAAAGUAUACGACGCUAACUCGUUGACAUUGCGGAAAGUCUUACAGUUCCCCCAGUCAGUUCAACAGUUGCACUUGUCACGUGAUAUGCUCUUGACUUGUGAUAACUUCUCUGCUGUCUACUCGUGUGAUCUCAGGAAUUCUGAUCUUAUUGAGGAGUACGAGAGCAAGGUUGGAGGGAUUAGCAAGAUUCUUUCAACCGAUGACUGGAUAAUUGGACACUUAACUGAUGGUCCAGUUUUAAUAUGGGAGAACUCAUCCUCCUCUUAUCCCCAUCAACUUGAUGUGAUAGCGCAAGAUAUCUCCCUCCUCCACGAAAGUCACAUUAUAAUUCUGCAAUCCGACAGCAUCGUUCUGUGGUCACUGCGGGACCAGCAGUAUCUAGAUGAUAUCUCAUUAGGAAGAUAUAUAUCAGACCCAGCACACAUUCGACUGAAAAGCAGCCCCAACGUUGCCUUUGUCUUGGACGGUCCCAACGUUGUACCGUUUACUGUUUUGAAUUGAUUUCCUCAGUCCUUUAAAAAUAUCGUGCGAUUAAACGUUGAAUAUUUAUUACUGUUUAUAAACCUCUCUUAUUUGGGAUGAUCAGAUCUUUUGGAGUAUUCACAGACUAUUAACCCAGGCGACGAUUUUAGUAAUUUUAAUUAAAUUUAGACGAACACCUUUUCACAGCUUUUUAACUUUAUUGCGUCAGAUAUGGUUCGUUGAAUUUAUUUCUACCCUAAGAUUAUUUUUGUGCAGAAAGUAUUUGUGUGUCCUAAAUUAGGGCUAUUGUUGUGCACCCGUUCUGCACUAUGACUUUAUAGGCUUUAUAUGCUGAUUUUUAGUUUACAUGAUAUUAAGAUAACAAACUAUUCUUAUCUGUUAUGUAUUUGUUACUCGACAAAAUCAGGUCAGCAACUGUUUUAAACUGGAAAAAUUUACAAAAAAAUGACCUGAUUUUGUCCCUGAAUUAAGCUCCCAAAUGGAGUUGAAGGAGCGCUAGGUUCGCCAGGCUAGGUGGUAGGAAAAGGAGUUUAUUAAGUUAACUGUCAUUUCUGAUUUUAGGCCUUAGAUCCCUGAUCCUUGUAUAAUGCACGCUAUCAACAGAUCAGCUCUUGCUUCAAAUAUUAUCGAUAGUCUUGACAGCGGUUCGUAGAGGAGGUCACAUUAUUUGGUCCCCGUGACAACGGUCCCCAACGUUUUAAAUUUUGAUGUCAAAUAUUAGGUCGUGUUACGUAUCUUUUAAUUUUACGUUA